AAUGGAGAGUUUUGGUGUCGUUCAGACCGGUAAAACGGUCACCUUCGACUCAUUAGCGGACGAAGCCUUGAGGUCACGGGCCACGGAUUCGCUUUUUAUUCAAUUCGAGCGCCUUUUUGCUGAAGUGGCGACCAGAUGGAUCCAGUCCGGAAUCAACAGUGAGGCCAAAAUUGCGGCAUUCGGUCGCAUUCUUCCUCUCGCGCCUCACCUCGCCGAGCACGUGGAACGCUUCCUCGCCACAGUUUCGACCUCGCCCAUAUUGGGAUCUUCUUCUGCGAACGAUUCUGGAGAAUUUCCCCAAUUGCCAGAUGAUGAGCUUCUCGAGCUUUUGCUAGGUUCAUUCCGGCUUCUGAGUUUCCAAUGCAGAGACUUUGCGCGCCAUGUACAACCACUUCCACUGGAGAAGUUAUUUUCUCAUUCCAAUAGCUGUGUACGAUAUCUGGCCGUCCGCAUUUACUGUCUAUAUGUCCAUGCAGCGGACCACGCAACACAGAAAUUCCUUGAGCAAUAUGUCGGGUCAAAAGAAGUAGAAGGCAUGUGGGAAGGCAGCAAAAUUGACUUUAGAUUCUUGUCUUUGUGGGAAGAAAAGAGAUGGAAACAUGUCCAGGCUGAGUUGCGAGAAAGCCGAGCUCGAACGACUGAAUUAUCUCCAGCAUCUCUGCAGCAACGACUCUCGCCGUAUACUGUGAACAUUGCCAAUGUACUGCUACCGCGACUCGACGGCGCUCCGUCUCACGAGAAACCGUCCGAGCUCGUGUCCACGCCCACUACCGAGCUCAACUUAUCACAUAUUGCUUCCUCGCUGCUUGAUACCCGCCCACUUCUGUUGACUGGCCUCGCAGGGUCGGGAAAGACAUUAUUGACACGCUAUUUCGCAUGGCAACUGAAUAAGCUUGAUUCAAUGGUUACACUCCACCUCAACGAACAGAGCGAUGCAAAGCUCCUAGUCGGAAUGUACGCCACGGGCGCGAAACCAGGGACUUUCAGCUGGCGGCCGGGUGUCUUAACGACCGCUGUAAAGGAGGGGCGAUGGAUUUUCAUCGAAGAUCUUGACCGGGCCCCAAAUGAGGUUGUUAGCACGCUUCUUCCUCUAAUAGAAAGUGGCGAGCUUCUCAUCCCUAACAGAGGCGAGACUGUUAGAGCUGCAAGGGGCUUCAGGAUCAUUGCCACUAUGCGCAGCACUCUCAACCCUGCUGGACAGCAGAUAGUGCCCAGGCAAAACAUGAUUGGCCUUCGUUUCUGGAAUUCCAUCACAGUGCAAAUGCCGGACUUGAGCGAACUGGAGCAGAUCAUCUCUGCCAAAUAUCCUUCUCUCCAGAAGCAUCUUGGUGGAAUCAUGCGGACGUAUGCUCGACUUUUGGAGCUGUAUGCGGAUGCCAAAUUCUCAUCCGAGAACGGAACAUCGUUGCGAGCACUCACGCCACGGGAUUUGCUGAAAUGGUGCGACAGGAUAGCUGUACUUUUAGAACAGUCUUCUUCCUUUAGUUCAGCUCGAAUGGAUGACAUAUUCAUGGAAGCGUUCGAUUGCUUUGCCGGUAGCUUGCGAAGUGAACACUCGCGUGCCCAAACUAUGGCAUGUGUUGCCGAAGAAUUGCAUAUAGAUCCUCAGCGGCGCGACCACCUACUUCAAGGUCGAGAGGUGAAAUUGGAAGUGCCGGUGAAAAGCACCAGCUCCGGAACCAUUCGCAUAGGAAGAGCAAAACUCGCUAAGCAUAGAAUCUCGAAGCGCCAUACAUCUGGGAAGCCAUUCUCCACCAACGGCUAUACCUUACGGCUACUGGAGAAGGUUGCGGUGGCUGUUAAUCGACAAGAGCCUUUGCUCCUAGUCGGUGAAACAGGUACAGGAAAAACAACAUGUAUACAAUACCUAGCUGAGCAACUUGGUCGUAAGAUGGUCGCAUUCAAUCUGUCGCAACAGAGCGAGAGUGGUGAUCUAUUGGGCGGAUACAAGCCAGUCAAUGUGCGCAGUUUGGUUAUUCCGCUCAAAGAUGAGUUCGACGACCUAUUUGAUACAACUUUCUCGCGCAAGAAAAAUCAACGUUUCAUGGAGAUGCUUGGAAAGCGCGUUGCGAAAGGAGAAUGGAAACGCGUUUGCACGUUGUGGCGUGAAGCGCUGAAAAUGGUCGAUGCUGCACGCAAAGCUCACGAAUCUCAGACGUCAUCCCCGGAUCCUGAGGGUGGACAACCGAAAAAGAAGAGGAAGGUUGAUUCUCUACCGGCGAAUUUUCCUAAAGCUCGUUGGGAAAAGUUCGCUAUCGAUUUGCACGACCUUGAGGCUCAGCUAGCGAAUGGUUCAGAAGCAUUUGCAUUUUCGUUCCUCGAGGGUAACAUUGUCAAAGCGGUCCGUAAUGGUGACUGGGUUCUUCUCGAUGAGAUAAAUCUGGCAUCGUCAGAUACCCUCGAGGCUUUGGCAGAUCUUCUUGGUAGCGGACCAGACGGCACCCCCUCCAUUUUGCUCACAGAAACUGGAAAUGUGGAGAGAGUGGUGGCCCAUCCAGACUUCAGAGUCUUUGCUGCUAUGAAUCCCGCCACCGAUGUCGGAAAGAAAGACCUUCCGCCAGGUAUCAGAUCCCGGUUUACCGAGCUCUAUGUUGAAAGCCCAGACGGUGAUAGGAAGAGUCUACAAAACAUCGUUGAAAAGUAUCUGGGAGGGGAUCAACAUGAUCCAGCAAUCAUCAAGAUAGCCUCUGAAGUCACCAAACUUUACCUGAAGAUUCAAAAGCUCGCAAAAGCAAACAUGCUCGUUGAUGGCGCUGAUCAAAAGGCACACUUCAGUCUACGUACACUGACUCGUACGCUUACCUACGCAAGAGAGAUCGCGCCUUCGUGUUCCUUGAGACGUGCCUUAUUCGAGGGGUUUCAUAUGAGUUUCCUUACGUUCUUAGGUCGAGCGUCCGAGGACCUCGUGUCACCACUCAUCAAAGAAAUUCUGUUUCCUCAAAGGGCAAUCUUGAAAGCAGAAUUGGGGAAGCCUCUUCAACAACCGACCGAUGGUCGCAGCUACGUUCGCCAAGGACACUAUUGGCUUCGCCAGGGAGCGUCAGCAGCGGAAGACCAACCCCACUAUAUUAUCACUCCCUUCGUUCAGCGGAAUAUGAACAACCUCAUUCGAGCAGCAUCCACCCGAAGAUACCCUGUUCUCAUCCAAGGUCCAACUUCAUCUGGUAAAACAAGUAUGAUUGAAUAUCUUGCCAAGAAAUCCGGGAAUACGUUUGUACGUAUCAACAAUCAUGAGCACACCGAUCUUCAAGAAUAUCUGGGUUCCUACAUAUCAGACAACAACGGGAAACUUGUAUUUCAAGAAGGCAUACUCGUGCGUGCUCUUCGGGAAGGCCAUUGGAUUGUCCUGGACGAACUGAAUCUUGCGCCCACUGAUGUGCUCGAAGCGCUCAAUCGUCUACUAGACGACAACAGAGAACUGCUCAUUCCAGAAACGCAGGAAGUUGUACGCCCUCAUGAUGAUUUCAUGCUCUUUGCAACUCAAAACCCCGCUGGUCUAUAUGGAGGACGAAAAGUCCUCUCUCGAGCCUUUCGCAAUCGUUUCCUCGAGCUACAUUUCGAUGACAUUCCCGUGGAGGAGCUGACGGAAAUUCUACACCGACGCACGAUGAUUCCUGAAUCUUGGUGUAAACGUAUUGUCACUGUAUAUCAGGAGCUCUCGACCUUACGGCAGGAGAACCGACUGUUCGAGCAGAAGAGUUUCGCUACACUACGUGAUCUCUUCAGAUGGGCACAAAGAAAAGCUGACACUAUACAAGAGCUGGCGAACAAUGGUUAUAUGUUGCUGGCCGAACGCGUGCGAAAGGAAGAGGAGCGAGUGGCUGUUAAGAAAAUCAUCGAGGACGUCAUGAGCAAAAAGGGACCCCGUGUGUCCGUCGAUGAGGAGUCCAUGUAUAGCGACGCAGUCUCACCAGAAAUCAAGCUUUGCAAAGAGAAGACUGGAGAUAAUGCUAGCGUUGUCUGGACGCGAGCAAUGCGCAGAUUGUUCGUUCUCGUCUCCCAUGCCAUACGCAAUAACGAGCCAGUUCUUUUGGUCGGAGAAACUGGGUGUGGCAAAACCACUGUUUGUCAGAUGCUUGCAGAUGCUUUCGAGAAGCAACUCCACAUUCUUAAUGCACACCAAAAUACCGAGACUGGCGACCUGAUUGGCGCGCAAAGGCCAAUCAGAAACCGUGCCGCGAUCGAAGACCUCCUUCUCCAGCAGGUGAUGUCUGUUCUCCAAGAUUUACCAGAAGAACAUAACAUCCUCCCCGAUAACGCCAAUAUCUCGGCUCUAGAGCUACCAGCAAUGCUUCAAAUAUACGAUAAUCUUGAUGCCACAACCCUAGACUUGAUACCCCUUGAACACCGCAAUGAGAUCUACACGAAUAGAGUCAAAGCUGGAGCUUUGUUUGAAUGGGCGGACGGUAGUUUGGUACACGCCAUGAAAACGGGACAGUUUUUCCUCCUCGAUGAAAUAUCUCUUGCAGAUGACUCAGUCCUUGAGCGGUUGAACAGCGUUCUGGAAUCCUCGCGGACGUUACUCUUGGCAGAGAAAGGACCUGUCGAUUCCCUUGUUACUGCAAGCGAAGGAUUCCAAUUCCUAGCCACUAUGAAUCCAGGAGGCGAUUAUGGCAAGAAGGAGCUCUCACCUGCACUUCGCAAUCGUUUCACCGAAAUAUGGGUGCCAGCUCUGUCAGAUCUGGAUGAUGUAUUGCAGAUUGUUCGUUCGAAGCUCCAACCCAGUGUCGUCCAACACGCCGAUACUAUCGUCUCGUUCUCCCAAUGGUUCAACGAAAAGUACAACACGUCGGUUGCAUCCUCUAUUUCCAUUCGAGAUACCCUCUCUUGGGUGACAUUCGUCAACGGGUCAACCAACAAUGACUUGGUAUUUGGGGUGGUACACGGUGCAGCAAUGGUGUUCAUCGAUACUCUGGGAGCAAAUCCAGCAGGACUUCUUGCCAUCUCUUCUGCUUCCAUCAAUGAAGAGCGGAAGGCUUGUCUGCAACGCUUGAGCACAUUACUUGGAGCAGACGUCAGCCCUCUAUACUUCGGAACCAUCGAAAUUCAGUCUACACCUCAAGAUCUUCAGUUGGGCGCAUUCGCAAUUCCCAAGUUCGCGGAAACUACUCAAGCCGACGUGAGCUUCGCACUGGAAGCACCCACUACCCUCUCUAAUGCUAUGCGCGUGGUGCGUGCGCUUCAACUAUCAAAGCCUAUUCUUCUUGAGGGUAAUCCGGGUGUCGGCAAGACUACGCUCAUCACUGCGCUUGCUAAAGCGAUAGGCAAGCCUCUCACUCGCCUCAAUCUGUCUGAACAAACCGACCUGAUGGAUUUGUUUGGGUCCGAUGUGCCAGUUGAGGGUGGACAGGCCGGAACCUUCGCGUGGCGCGAUGCUCCUUUCUUGAAAGCGAUGAAGAACGGCGAUUGGGUCCUUUUGGACGAAAUGAAUUUGGCCUCACAAUCAGUACUGGAAGGUUUGAACGCUGUACUUGAUCAUCGCGGUGAAGUGUACAUUUCCGAGCUGGACCAGACUUUUCACAAACACCCCGACUUCCGUGUAUUCGCUGCCCAAAACCCGCAUCAUCAAGGUGGUGGACGAAAGGGUCUACCUGCUUCUUUCGUCAAUCGAUUUACUGUCGUUUAUGCUGACAUAUUCCGUCCUGAGGAUCUGUUACUCAUCUGUCGCAAGGUCUUCCCUGGUAUCCCGGAUGAUGAAGUGAAGAGGCUGAUCAGCUUCGUCGCGGAGCUCGAUGACCAAGUCGUCAAUCAACGAGCGUUUGGCAGUCUUGGGGCCCCUUGGGAAUUCAAUCUGCGUGAUACGCUUCGAUGGCUCCAGCUCCUUGCGUCGAAGACGAAUGUUGGCUUGGCAAGAGAUUUCUUGGACCCUAUCUUCGCACAGCGCUUUCGCUCUGAAUCCGAUCGGGCCAAACUAUUGAGUCUGUUCGAACAAGUAUACGGGACACAUCAACCUCGUAUCACUCUGCACCAUGACAUGAGUACCGAGAAAGUUCAAGUCGGUCUCGGUUCACUUUUAAGGAAUACAUAUGUCGCUAGCGCAGAGAUGGUCCCGUGCUUCCGUGUUUCUCAGCUCGCCCCUUUGGAGGCUCUGAUGGUUAGCGUACGUCAGAGUUGGCCAGUUAUACUUGUCGGUUCUCCUGGCUCUGGAAAGACUUCAAUAUUGAGCCAAUUGGCAUCUGCGGUUGGUGCAAGUUUGAUUACUUUCUCGAUGAACCCCGACAUAGAUGCGAUGGAUCUGGUCGGUGGGUACGAACAGACCGAUCCAGCGCGGCAACUUCACAGAUUCCUCGAUAGUCUGGAAGAUUUUGUACGGCAAAAACUCGCAUCUUCCGCGAAUCAGAAUCCCGCAGUGCUUAGUAUACUCCAAUUUCUCAACAUACGACCGCAACUCUCCGUGUCCGAUCUUGUUCCACUUCUUGAGCAGGCAUCCACGACAGAUAAAGAUUUUGUUACCAUUCUCCAAGAGCUUCAAAACCAUCUACAGUACCCUCCCGAUAUAGACGGCGCAAGAUUCCAAUGGGUUGAUGGUAUCCUCAUCCAAGCCCUUGAACAAGGGAAAUGGCUCGUCCUCGAUAAUGCGAAUCUUUGUAGCAGCGCUGUCCUUGAUCGACUGAACUCCCUUCUGGAACCGAAUGGCUACCUGAGCAUCAAUGAACACUCCACAGCGGACGGUGAAGCAAGAAUUGUGAAGCCCCAUCCUGACUUCAGAAUAUUCAUGACAAUGGACUCAAAAUAUGGAGAACUUUCAAGAGCUAUGCGAAACAGGGCCGUGGAGAUCUACCUUCUUCCCCACGAAAUUGGAACAUUGGACACGCAAAUCAGUGCACCAGCAUACCCGCUGGAAUCUAGCAUAUAUCGACUUCGCCAUUUGUGUGGAUCUGGCGCAACUGCCGCAAACGAGUACAUCGAGCAGCUUGACAAUCUCUCGCUGGCUGAUGAAAACCAUUUGAGGAGUUUCAAGCAACAAGCAGCGAUUGGACUAUGGACCCCUGUGUCAAGAGACAAUUCGACUCAAGAGUUGACCCAGACUCUGAGUGAUUUGGAUAAACUUCAGGAAUACAUAGACUUCCUUCUCGACGAAUGGAUCUACGUAAACAAAUCUCUCCGUCAACAGCUCGCGACUGAGAAUUCCGACCUAGCUCUCCAAACCUACCACCCCUUGAACAAUGAGCUCUAUCUUCGUCGAAGCGGGUCUCAGCAGAAUCUAGCAGUGCUGUAUACCUUUUUGUACGACUUACAACUUGAGCUGUUCAAGAUGACCCUGUCCUUCCAGCAAUUGCCUUCUUCUCGACUUGAACGAUGGAAAGAGAAGCAGAAAAUCCGCCCUUUCUUGGAAAGUUUCUUGAACAUCAUGAAGGGAUUGGUAGGUGAGGUCCUCAGAAACGUUAUCAGUAGCCCAAUCAUUCUCGAAAACGUUCCAGCUACUAAGGGACUUCGUCAACUAUUCUGGUCUUUCCUUGACCUAGGGAUUAAGCCAGGUUUUGAUCGCGCAACCUUUCAAACAUUUCUAAAAAUGCUGAAAGGUGAACUCUCGACUCUAUCGAAACAUCCAUCGGCCUUUCUGCAAAGCUCUUCGACUGCAAUAUCGGGAACGAUUGCUUCUUUUGGCUCACUCGUUCAGCUGACUAGUGGAUUGGGCAUGGAAAGAAUCUGGCGCUACUACAAGCCGAUCACCCCAAAAACAUUGCAACAGCUCUCUGGUAUUCUUGAACUGGAGAAUCUUGCAGACAGGCUAGACAAUGUUAUGUGGGGAUCUAGCUUGAAGCUGCCCGAGAUGAUUCAAAUCCGAGAGAGACUGAACAGUUCGUUGGAGCUGGUAAGGGUACAAGAUGUCGACGCCAACGAAUUAAUCAAGAACCUCGAGAUUGCUGUUCACGAGCUUGAACAGGGUUCAAGUGAAGAAGAUAUCACAGUCACGCCCUACUUUGAGCAUGUGUUUGAGGGCUUGUGUCAGUUUCUUGACGUGGCUGAAGAUAUGACACACUCUAUUCAUUCCAGGCACGUGUCGAACGAGUUAGCUAUAGCCAGGGCCAAAACUUCACUACUUGCUCGUCGAUCAACAAAGGCUAGAGCCGUGGAAGAUAGAGAUCAUCAGCCGUCGCAGUUCCUCCGCCUUCAACGCCAUCUAGGUGUACAUAACUCCGCUAGCCGCGAAAUGAUACUGCAGGGCCGAUUUCAUAUAGCUACACUCUCUAAGCUAUUUGGUGCAGAUGAAGUCCAGCUUUUGCAGCUUGAUCGUUUCGAGGAAGAGAUGAUUGUUCUCGCACAACAGCUUGCUUUGGACUCUACGAUGAUCACCCGUAGUCAGACGAAUGCGCUCUCUACGUUGUAUGCUCAUCUACUCGAUGGGUUAACCGCAUCCCACCGUGUUGACGUAAUCUCGAAUGUCGCUCCUGACGCACUUCAUUUGCAUGCGGAAGCAGACAUACCGUCAUCGUACGAACAGGCUCUUUUGCCAUUGAAAGAGUGCUACAUGUAUGCGACUUCUCCGCAGAAAGUUAACGCGCAAGCUUGGGUGACUCUGGGUUUGACUGGACUGGCGCUCUAUGUACCGAACUACCCGCACGACCCUGCCCUCAAGCCAAUGAUGGAACGAAAACUCUUCAACGAAGAGAAGCAGAAAUUAAUAUCUCAGCUCAACUCAUUACGGCACUUCCAACGUAAUCUCACAGGACAAGACACCAGCUUCCGUAUCCGAGAGAUUGAGAGGGUCAUACAGCAAAUGGGCGAAGAACCUCCAGUUCCCGCGAUCAUUCGGCCAGAGACAUCAGAACUCGAUGCCCUACAGGGCGAAUUUUCAAACCUUCUUUCAGUCAUCAAGCCAAUAGCAUCCGGGACUCUAAGUAUUCAAGAGGCAUCGAACGAUGAAACACUUCGCCAAAAUAUUUCUCAUAUCAUUCGCAGACUUGAAGACGGUUACCGCAGCUACGACGAUAUAACUGUGCCUGCAGUAGGAUUUUUAGUUUGCCUGAAUAUUGGCUUGACCCUUGGCUCAACGGAGCAACAUUCGGAAACGGACAAAUCCCGGUCUCUUACAUACAUAUCGAACCACACCCCGUUUUUUGGUCUUCACACGCGAUACUCGAGGAUUGAUUCAGAGGUACUUUUACGAUUCUGUGAGGAGCAGCUUGGUCAAAAGCACGCCGUGGAUCUUCGAUGGCAUGCGCUCUACUCCCUCGUGGCCAUUAGUACCAUUGAUUCAGAGUAUCUGAAGAGGGACAGAACACGACAACUAUUACACAAUCUGUUCUUAUCGUUUUAUGAUGACUGGAAAACGAAGCUCCUACAGGACCAGCAAGAGGAAGCUAAGAACACCAGCUUGUACACAUACAAGGGCGAGGACGAAGACAACGAUGAAGAGGACCCCAGCCUCUUCCCAGACUAUGAGAAGGAGGAAGAGGACCAACCGCAGACGACCCCCUCGACUUCACGCGAGCACGCAGUUCGCUUAGCGAAUACACACGCCGCAAUAUUCAUCGGUGGUAGCAACUCUUCAGACUCUAUCAAGGAGAUGGUGGGAUGGUGUGCCUCCGAAAUGAAUCGAGUAGCCGAAGGUGAAGCACACAACUCUCAUUACGAAAAUUCUUUGCCCGCCAUCUACCUCGCUCUCGGAAAGAAAGCAGAUGCUCUGGCGUCUUCGGGAACCGGCAAAGGCUAUAAUUUUUACUUCGAUGCCAAUCUCCCAGAAGCCAAACGCUACAUUACUCUGAUUCACCGUAUUCAAAUUCGUUAUAGACAAAUCAAGGCAGUUUGGCCUGAGCACGCGACUCUAUGGGACGUGCUGCGCACUUGCGACGAGGCAUUAGAAUUUCGGCACGUUGACCCCGUCGCUAAGUUCAUCACCAAGGCGGAAAAACUGUACGGCUACAUGUAUGAGUGGCAGCGUGUCGCGAGUCGUGAAUUCAGUACCGCUCCUCUGUUCGACGAUUUGACUAAAUUGCUUGUCAGCUGGCGACAAUUAGAGCUUACUACAUGGGCUCGUCUUUUCGAAAUCGAGGUUGAGAAGUGCCGUGACACUGCGAAAAGCUGGUUCUUCGUCGCUUACGAGACUAUCGUUGCUGCAGCCGAAUCAAUCGACAACAUUGUGGAUAUGAGAACGCAUGCCAAAGACUUGCUGAGGACCAUGGAGGGAUUUUUCUUGAGCACCACUCUCGGUCAAUACGAACAGCGAAUCGCUCUCCUUCGUCAGCUCGAGGCCCAUAUUUCUAUGCGACUGGCUGACAAUGGCUUGCUCGAGCCUAUACAUACUGCCCUCGAGAACUUCAUCAAGUAUUUCUCGCGCCUGCAACGACCCGUCGAGGAUGCACUUGCCAAGGGCCGGCAAAAACUCGAGAAGAAUACCAAUGACAUUAUCAGAUUAGCGAGCUGGAAAGACACGAACAUCGAAGCUCUGAAGCAAAGCGCAAAAACCUCGCACCGUAAGUUGUCGAAGCUGGUGCGAAAGUUCAGAGCUGUACUCAAUCAACCCGUGUCGAGUAUCGCCAAGUCAGGAUUUUCGGAGGAGGGAAUUGCCUUUUCAGAACCUCUCAUGGGAGAAACCUCAUCCGCAGUGAACCCAGAAGCGCUUGAAAUAUGCGCUUCGACUAUACCAGCGUGGUCGGACCGACCAUCUCGCUUCAAGAAUCUUGCCGUUACAAUAUCUAUGAUGCGUAAGCUCUCUUCCCCAAGUAGUGAAGCCCACGAUAGUGCUUCCUACAUCGAUAGCUUCAUCACAGAGCUCGAAACUUCUAUCGUGCAACUUCAGAAGGCUACGCCCAACUUACUCACCGAUGAUAAUAAGGCGGAGGUCCAGCACUUGAAAACACAAAAGCGCAAACUCUACGCGGACACUAUGAAAGAGUUGCGACAAAUGGGCAUAAAGUCGAAUCUGAGCAGCGAUGUCCUGGCUAGACAAGAUGAGUUGUCUACAGUGCUUGCUAGCUUGCCCAUUGUCAGUGCUGACACCGAGCUGCUUGAUGUCGGGCAAGGAGCUGAGCUUCUGAUGCAUAAGUCAUUAAACAUCAUGUCUCAAGUACGAGAUCUCGCCAAAGAACAUUCUGGUGACUUGACGAACAACGAUGUGAUCAGGAGCAUUGGGUUCAUCGAAGGACUGCUAAACGCAACUAUCAAACAAAGAGGCAUGUUGAGCAACGCGGUGCUUUCGCUCAACGAAAUGCAAAAACCAGCUUCAUCGUUCGCAGCAUUGUGCUCAGUUCCUGAUCAGGAAGUUGGGCGAGUAGCUGAGUUGCAAGCGGAAAGAACGACUUCGUUGCGACCGAAGUUGUCAUGGCUUCGCGCUAUUCUCGACAUUGGCUCGGACAUUGUUGCAGUGCAAGCUAAGUUGGGCAAGACCAAAGAGUUCAGCGGUCUAAUCCAAGGCAUGCGUGACUGGAGUGGACGCAUGCAAGCUCUGCUCAACGAUUUCGAAAGCCUGCCCACACUUCCGAGAAACGUUUGGUCCGAGGUCCAGAGAAGUCUCGAUCAAUCAGUCAAAGAUCAAAUGGUUGAAUUCCGCAGAACAUUCAAUUUCUGGAUGGACCAGUAUCCGAUACCACUUACCAUACUCAAUCAUAUUCGACCUUCGCUAUUCGACUAUUCGGAAGUGCGCAUUACAGAGCUGUCGCGGGAAGCUUAUCUUACCAUGGAAGAGCACUCCAGAGAAAUUUUCACAGCACUUGACAUGAUAUUGGGCUCAAUGCAAGAUGUGGAAACUGCCCUCAAAGAUUUACCUACCUCGACUGACGAUGCUACUUGGCUCGUCAAAGAGGAACAGGCCCUAUCCGCCGCGAUCUCAUCCCUCCAUGCAUCCCAGGUCAGCAACGCAAUCAGCACUAUUCUGGACAAAAUGCACAAUCUCAGCGACGACAAAGAUCUCCGCGCCAUAACCGCCCUUUUCGUAGCUGUGCAACCAGUGUUCAAUCAGUACAUAUCGUCUCACAAAUUCCUGAUUGAACGACUCGAUAUGCUGCAUUGCUCGACUACAAAACUUCUGCAUCGACUAAGCAAGUCUUUCAUUCAAGUAGGCACGCAGGGUUUCUGCCAGCCAUCAGACAAGUCGGCCGACGAUCAAAAAGGCAAAGACGACAAACUCGAAGGCGGUACCGGACUGGGUGAGGGCGAGGGUGCUGAAGACAUUUCGAAGGACAUCGAAGAUGACGAGGAUCUUGAUGAGCUCGCACAGGAGCAGCAAGGCGAGCGCGAAGGCAGCAUCGAAGAUCAAGAAGACGCCGUCGAUAUGGGCGACAAGGAAAUGGAAGGCGAGAUGGGUGAGACGGCUGAGAAAGAGGAAGAAGGCAGCGAUGACGGAGAUGAAGGUGAUGACGCCCAAAGUGAGGUGGGUAGUGUGGAUGAUCUCGGCCCAAGCGCCGUCGAUGAAAAAAUGUGGGACGAAGGAGGAAAAGAAGAUGACUCGAAGGAUCGUGAAGGGAAGGACGAUGUCGGUACUGAGAACCAAGACGAACAAGUGGCCUCCGAAGAACAAAAGGAAAAGAGCGGUGAGAACGGUGAGAAAGAGGACAAGGAUAACGAGGCAGAAGAAGAAGAUAUGGAAAUGGAGGGUGAAGAUCAGGAAGAAAAUGUCGGUGCCGGUGAAAUGGAGCAAAUGGACCCACACGCCAAAGAGGAGGAGGUACUUGACCUCCCCGAGGAUCUCAAUAUGGAGGGAGAAGAAGGUGAUGACAAAGACGACGAUUUGGGUGACAUGGAAAUGGGCGAAGAUCUCCCUGAAGAUGAACAGGAGGCCGAUGCAGGCGCUGAGCCCGAUACACUCGACGAUGAGAUUGGAUCCGAGAAAGAAGGGGAAGAUGAGAAAGAUACUACUGGCCACGUUGAGGAUGAAGAAAAUCAAGAGAUGGAACCAGAAGUUGAAGAAGAUGAGGGUCCUAUUGACGAGGAUGCAGUGCCCCUUCCCGACCAAAACAACCCAGAGGACGAAGCCCGUGAUACCAAAGAUGAUGCGCCUGAUCCGAACGCCGAGGCUGGUGCGGGUGCCGAAGCAAAUGAAGAGGCGCAUAAAAACCAGAAAGAGCAAGCGUCCGCCAGCGCCGCGAACCGUGAAGAUGGCAACGAAGGUGAUUCAUCUGAAAAACAGCAGGAAAGCACAGCGGAAGACGGUACUCUCGAUCGAACUGCACAGCCAGAUGCUGGUGGUCACGGCGAACAGCCUGAAGAAUCGCCCGAGACGCAAUCGUUCAAAAAGUUGGGUGAUGUACUAGAACAGUGGUACAACCAGCAGAAACAAAUUUCGGAGGCGCGAGAGAAAGAUGAAACUCAGGUUCAGCAAGUAGACAAGGAAGUGGAUAUGGCAAAGGCGGACUUUGAGCAUCUCGCGGACGAAGAAACCCAAGCUGAUACUCAAGCACUGGGGACAGCCACUGAAGAACAGGCUACCGCGCUGGAUCAUGACAUGGCGAUGGCCGUUGAUGAAGAAGAGACGGCACCCAUGAGGCCAGAAGACAAGGAGGACCAGCCAGAGAGCGGGGACCAACAAGACGUUGAAAUGGAAGAUGUCGCAGCACCGCCAGAAGAUCAAGAACCGCCGCCACAGUCUACAACUGAAGGCCAACCUCAAACAUUCAUUGGCGAACAAAACAGGAACGCACGCGAUGAAGACGAUGAAAUGGAAGAAGCGGUACCUGAAUCCGACGACAUCUCCGAGACCUCUUCUAUCGCUGAGGUCGACAAUCAGCUUGAACUGACCCAUCUCGAUGUUUCGGAAGCCCCGACUCCAGAGCAGGCCCGCGCAACCUGGCAAUCUCAUGAAGCAAGCACACACUCCCUCUCCCUCCAACUCACCGAAUCUCUCCGCCUCAUUCUCGCGCCCACACUUGCGACCAAGCUCCGCGGCGAUUUCCGCACAGGAAAGCGCCUCAAUCUCAAACGCAUCAUCCCAUACAUCGCGUCCGGCUACAAGCGCGACAAGAUCUGGCUCCGUCGAAGCAUGCCAAGCAAACGCAGCUACCAGGUUCUCAUCGCUCUCGACGACUCACGCAGUAUGCGCGACGGGGGCGCCGUCGAAAUGGGUCUCAAAACGCUCACGCUCGUCACGCGGUCUCUUGCUAUGCUCGAGGUAGGAGAAGUCAGCGUCGUUGGGUUCGGUGACGGUGUAAACGUCGCCCACGACUUCGACAAACCCUUCACAAGCGAGGCCGGCGUCAACGUGUUCUCGCAAUUCGGCUUCGCGGCAAAGAAAACCGACGUGCGUGGGUUGGUUGAACGUAGUUUGAAUCUCUUCAGCGAGGCACGGUCUAGAGGUAAUAGCGGCACUGACGACCUGUGGCAACUGAUGCUCGUGGUCAGUGAUGGUAUCUGCGACUCACAUGGCGAGAUCCAACGGCUGGUACGGAAGGCACAGGAAGAGCGCGUCAUGAUUGUGUUCGUUAUCAUCGAUUCUUCUGCCUCCAGUCCUCCUCCCGCUCCACAACAGGAAGCGCCCCAAGAUUCAGCGGUGCCGAAAGAUAAAGACAAAACGUCGAUAAUGGAUCUUACGUCUGUUGAUAUCUCGCCUGAGGGCAAGAUCGUGAAGUGGAAGUAUAUGGAGAGGUUCCCAUUCAGGUAUUAUUUGGUUGUGAGGGAUGUACGCGAGCUGCCUGGAGUGUUAUCGGCGGCUCUGAGGCAGUGGUUUGGGGAAGUUGCGGGAAGUGCGUGA